AUGAACUACGGUGACAUUUCCCCACCACCACCAGAUGGAUAUGGGAUUGAAUUAACGCACAGUGACUACAUUCAGAUUAUUGACCUAAGAAGCUGCUCUCCAAAUUUCACUAUUGAUGUGGUGAACUUAAAGACCUCCAGCAACAUCAAUGUGCCGGGACGAUGGGUCAUUCCAACUUCAUUAGAGUCCAACUUCAGUUGUUCGUAUCCUUCACGAUCGUCGGGCGAGUCCACCAUCACUAGGGGUGGGUGCUCCAGUGCCCACGGUGCGCUUUAUCCAUUCGGAUCUGCUGCCGGUGACACUGUUAUUCCCCAUGUGGAUUCUACCGCACUGGCAAGUGUGUCCCUGCUACAGCCAUUCCCGUACUUCAAUCGCACAUACCGACACAUUCUAAUACAUGACCGUGAAGGCCUUGCACUUGGUCCUUGGUUCUCUCCAAAUGAAGAUGUAAUUGCACCCUUUACCACAGAAUUUAACUACACAGAGAGAGGAAACAUUUCCUAUCAGCAGUACACCUCAGGUGAUGUUCUUCACACUGCAACUCGAGACAUCAACUCCUACUUCCCCAACGUGACCUUCACUGCAACCUGGGUGUUUGUGGUCACUUGGGACAGAGUGGUGUAUUGGUAUUUUAACAGCACAGAAAACAAUGACCAAAAUGCAACUGCGACAUUCCAGGCUGUUCUGAUUUCUGACGAUGAUUUAUCUUUUGUCUUAAUGAACUACGGUGACAUUUCCCAACCACCAGAAGAACAUGAGAGUGGAUAUUCCCACAGUAACUUCACUCAGAUUAUUCAUCUAAAAAGCUGCUUUCCAAAUGAGAUUAUAGACGUUGCAGAUUUACAGAUCUCCAGCAACAUCAAUGUGCCAGGACGAUGGGUCAUUCCUGCCUCAUUAAAGUACAACUUCACCUGUUCGUAUUCUUCAGGACCGAUAGUGCCCACACCAAAGGAGCCUGACAUCACCCAGACAGAUCGUUUUGAUAACGUUUAG